AGCUUGUGUAUGGUGAUUGUAUCGGCACUAUCGAUCCUUGGCGCAGCAUUCAUAACCGCGAGCUUCUUGUUCCUCCCAAAUUUCAGAUCUUUCCGCCAUCAACUUAUUUUUGGCCUGGGUGUUGUUGAUCUCCUGAGGGCAGUCAACACCUUGAUGUCGUCCUCGUUAGACCUGGCACACAAUGAACUGGACGCUCCGGGGCAGAUGGUGUUCUGCGCCGUCAAUGGCUUUGCCAACGAGGUUUUUGUUGUACAGCAGGACUAUUGGGUUCUCCUGAUCGCAAUAUACACAUAUAUCAUCCUGACCGACAUCCCACACGCCAGCGCCUGGAUCCAGAGUCACCAAGUAGCCAUCAUGUCCUUGCCAUGGCUAUUGUCCCUCGUAUGGGCCUGGAUCGGGCUCAGGUGAGCGGAGGCUAUCAGAGCAUUGGCAGCAUAUGCUGGUUUGCCGACGACAAGUCCAGGCUUUUGGUGAAUUUCAUUCCACGAUGGAUCAUCAUCUCGGUCAUCCUAGGUCUCUAUCUUCGAAUAUAUUUCUUCUUGAGCCGCUCCGCGCGCUUGGCUGGGGGACGAUCCGAGGAUUGCUGCAGCGGUGGCGACCACAAGCCGGCACGCCACAGCUUCUCCAGGGGGCAUGGCCAAUGCACAAGGGGGGACCAAUGCACAAAGGGUCACACGAAGCUGAAGAAGACGGCUCGCAUGAUGAUGCAGUAUCCCUUCGUGUACGCGCUCGUGUGGGUGGUCCCCACGGCUACCCGCAUCUAUCAUGCCGCAACCGGUCGACAGGCGCCUCUCGCUCUUCGCACAGUCGACCUGUGCUGCGUGGUCUCCACCGGCUUCAUAAACGCCAUCACCUACGGCGUGAACGAGGCCGCUCUGGGGUCCUGGCGCAACUCCUUCUCGCGCGGGCCGUACCACCUCCCCGACGCCGCGAACCGGCCAAACUCGAUCCUCCUGCGCCCCAGGGGCUCCCAGUCGUCCGCCCGGCCGGCGGCAACCCCCGAAAGGCUGACGGCCGACUCGCACCAGGACCUUGACGGCGGCAGCGGCGGCGGCGGCGGCGGCGGCGGCGGCGUUGAUGACAAGACCAAUCGCCCGAGGCCCGUUUCGGAGGACAGGCAGACGGUGCAGCUUCCUAGGCCCGAGCCAGCCUGCCAGAGGCCCUUUCCCGUCCGACCCGCGGUCAGGAUCACUGAUAUCGCACACUUGCCGGAGGAAUACACUCGGUCCUAGGCCUAGGCUACUGCUGGCCGCGAAGAGGCAACUUUGAUCGUUUUGUGUUGUUUAUCAUGGUCAUGUCGUUUUGCUUGUCCGCUGGCGUUAUCGGGAUAGAGGAUCAAAUUUCUAGGUCUGGACCCGGGGUCUAUAUACGCGUUUGCUCAUGCCUCUCGUCUAUCGUGUAUUCGUCUAUACAUGGAAGUACGUAGCUACCCAAGUAGUGCUAUCCAAAC